AUGAGCAAUCGACCCGUCUCUGUUGAGGAUAUCAUUGAGGGAUCCAGAAAUGACAAUAACCUAUUAUCGAAACCCAAAUUUCUCUCAAAACAACAACGGGAAAAGUUUGCUUCUUUAAAACAGGAGAAAGAAUUGACUAAAAAACGAUAUUCGAAAUCAAAACCAGUAAAGAGAAUAAGGUACGAAGAAGAAGAGGGUGACGAGGAUGAAUUGAAGCUCGACAAGAAGGCAAGAGUGAAGAAAACCCAAAAAUUCAGUUUCGAUUGGGAUGCUCACGAGGAUACUUCUACUGAUUUCAAUCCUCUCGUAGCUUACGAACAGCCAGAAGAUGAUUUGGGUUAUUUGGGUAAACACUGGUCUGAAAAGAAGUUGGAGGAUAUGGACGCAAGAGAUUGGAGAAUAUUCAAAGAUGAUUAUAAUAUUACUGCAAAGGGAGGAGGUGAAAUAUCCAAUCCACUCAGAUCAUGGCAAGAAUCUGGUAUAGAUAUUCGAAUUUUAGAUAUUUUAACUAAAAAAUUGGGUUACAGUGAACCUACUCCGAUUCAAAGAUCUGCCAUACCGUUGGGUCUACAACCAAGAGAUUUAGUAGGUAUAGCUGAAACUGGGUCUGGUAAGACUAUUGCAUUUUUGAUACCUCUAUUAAAUUAUAUACUUAAUAUUGAUCCGGAUUAUUUGAAAUUUGAUUAUGCUAAAGAAAUCAAUAUAAAUAAGCCUCUAGGUUUGAUAUUGGCUCCUACUAGAGAAUUGGCAAUUCAAAUAUCUCAAGAAAUUGAGAAAUUUACUUCAUAUUUAAAUUAUAAUGUUGUUACUAUUAUUGGGGGCCAUAAGUAUGAAGAAACGAUUCAUUCUAUUGAUUCGGGUGUUGACAUUGUGGUGGCAACACCGGGCAGAUUAAUUGAUUCAUUAGAAAGAGGUAUUAUUAAUUUAGAUUUAUGUUAUUUUUUCACGAUGGAUGAAGCAGAUAGAAUGAUAGAUAUGGGAUUUGAAAAAUCUUUAAAUAAUAUAUUGGACUAUUUACCUUUGAACCCAAUCAAUAAUAACUUUAAAAUAGACCAAAGAAUUACCUUAAUGUUUACUGCCACCAUAACUCCACCAAUUGAAAAAAUCACUAAAAAUUAUUUAAUUAAUCCAGCAUAUUUAACAAUUGGUAAUCCGAAUAACUUGAUAGAUAAUAUCGAACAAAAAUUUGAGUUUUUCGAAAAUUCAAAUAACAAUGAUGAAAUUGACGAUAAAAAAUUUGAUAAAAUUUUUGAACAAAUUAAGAAGACUAAUUCAAAAAUUAUAAUUUUUGCAAAUUUUAAGAAAACUUGUGAACUAUUAGCAUUAAAGUUAUCGAGUAAAGGCAUUGAAGAUCAUAUUGUCAUUCAUGGUUCUAAAUCACAAGAGCUGAGAGAAGUAGCCAUUGAAAACUUUAGAUCAAAUAAAGUUAACAUACUAAUUGCUACAGACGUUGCAGCUCGUGGUCUUGAUGUUCCGAAUGUUGGACUUGUAAUCAAUUAUCAAAUGUCGAAAAAAUUCGAAGAAUAUAUCCAUAGAAUUGGUAGAACUGGUAGAGCCGGUAAUCAAGGUAAAAGUUAUACCAUCAUAGAUUAUAACGAUGUUGAUAUAUUCUUACCAUUGAAAAAAUUCCUAUCGAGAGGAGGUAAAAAAUGUCCUGAAUGGUUAUUAAGAAACCUUAAUACCCAGGUACUUAAGGGUUGA